GGUAAAAUAAUAUUAACAAUCGCAUAAACCAACAAAGAAAAAUUUGUUUACAAAAUUUAGACUUAGCACAACAAAAUAUUAAGUCGUUUUUGAUUUAUUGUUUUAUUCUAUACAUUAUUUCUUUAUUCAUUAUUAUAAUUAAAUACAUCUUUAUGGCAAUGGCACACAGGAAUUCAAGCUUCCAAUCAAACGAUCUUUUUCCAAGAGAAAUUGACAUAGAAGUAUGUUUGAAAACCUUAAAAAUAUUUCAGAAGAUGGAGGGAGAUGUAAACUGUGUUGUUUGGGAUGCCUCAUUAGUAUUGGCAAAGUAUUUGGAAACUAUGUCACAGAAUAGGGCAGACUUUUUGAGUGGUAUGAAAGUGCUGGAACUAGGCUCAGGUUUAGGUGUAGUCGGAUUGACUGCUGCUACAUUGGGAGCACAAGUAACACUUACUGAUCUUCCUGAGGCAUUACCGUUGCUUCGGUUAAAUAUCAAUGAAAACAAAACGAAGAUUGGGAGUAUGGGUGGCUAUGCUAUUGCAGAAUCCCUAGUGUGGGGUGACACUACUUCUGAUAUUCUCAAAGAAGAAUUUGACAUGAUUGUGUUGGCUGAUUGUAUCUACUAUGAAGAGGCUAUAGACCCUCUUGUGCAGACACUGCAGUUCUUGAAUAAUACCAUUAAUAAGAAGCCUACAAUAUAUCUCACACAAGAAUUAAGAGAUUCUGAACUUCAGCAACGGCUUUGGGAAACAUUUUAUCAAAAAUUGUCUGAAUUCUUUUUUAUAGAAAAAAUCCCAGAGGAACAGCAGCAUGCUAACUACAAAAGUCCAGAUAUUAUAUUAUUAAGGAUUAAUAAGAAAUGAUAUUUAUACACUUGUGAUUUGAACACAAAUGUUCAGUCUCAGAUAAUAAAUUAAGUUUUAAAUUUUAUGUUGUACAGAAAUAUAAAGCACAAACCAAUUUUGUAGGAUAAGAUGAAAUUUAAUGAAUUUUUAGAUGCCAUAUUGUUAGAUUUAAAGUAAGAUUUAAAGAUAAUUUAGUGUCAGUCAUCAAAGUUAUUGAUAGAUUUUAAUUUUUUUUAUAAAUGUUUUGUUUAUAUUGUUUUUAAGAAAUAAUAUGCUCAUUUAGUGUGAAAACUUCAUUGUUUUGGUAGCUUUUUUCAUUUUCUCCUAGGGAGAAUUAAUAACAGAUUUUUUGUUAAUAACUUUAUACUUAUCUUUUAACUUAAUAUUUUUUAAAUAUUUUUAAUGAUUUAGAUUAAAAAGAUGAAAAAAUAUCAUUGCAGAUCUGAUUCUGUGAAUGUUAAGUGUAAUUUUGUUUAUAAUAUGAAUUAGAAACUGAAAUAUAGGUACCUGUGUAUGCAAUCUUGAUACAUUUAAUUUUUUAAUGAAGAAAGUCUAGUCAAAUUAUAUAACAACAGAUUUUAUAAUGAUUGACUUUUCUUUUCUUAAUACUGCUUUUACAAAUGUACUUACUUUUUUUUAUUAAAAUACUCUUAUGAAAAGUUUAUAACCGUAAAAAAACGAAAGACAUUAACUAUUGGCUACAGUUAGAAAUCCAAUAUUAAUAAAUUGUGAAAUUUUGUUAAAGCAAUAAUAGAUCAUGAUACUGUU